ACUCAAUCAAAUCAAUCAAUUUAGAAUUUCGUGUCGAUUGGUAACCGAUCAAGCAAAAAUUAUUUCAGGAACGCGAAUUCUUCGAGUUUAAAUCACUCGCAUAGUUCCACGCGUGUUUAUUUAUUUGAUGUUUUUACGUAAACAAGUGUAAAUAUCGUGUGAACAUUAUCAACGUUAUUCCAUAUUGUGGGGACUCGAAACGAGGCAAACAGACAAAGAUUAGUUCGUUAUUUACGUUUAUCGUGCUCUUAUCGUAAUAAUACCUUUGAAAAAAUGUGAUUCAAUACGUCCGGUGUAGUUUUUACAACGUUUACUUUGAGAAAGAUAUGAAGGAGAGCGAGAGGGCCGACAAGCUAGGAAUACGAAAUGCGAAUUUUAGAAAUCGAACGACAUUUUGGCGCGCUCUCUUCAUUACCACGAAAAAAUUAUAAUCUGUGAUUGUGCAUUUUACAAAUGAUUAAAUAAGAUUAUGUACCGUUUGUGUUAUUAAGUUAGCGUUAAAAUAAGUGAUUCCGUUCAGUCGAUGCUCAAACGCAACACAUAAAAAUAAAAGUGCUCAAAUUUUUUUUGUUUCGUAAUAACAAAAUACGUCCAUGACUAUACAACGCAGUGAAUUGAAUUUUGUGAUUUCCUCGUGUGCUUAGUGUUUAUUCGUAUGCCGCAGUGAUUUGAUAGUAGAGUAUUUCGUUGAGAACAACGCCAUCUAUUAUGAAAUAGUGGAAAUGUUGUGUAUAUGACGCGAUGGAGGCCGGUUACAUACCGGUGAACGUUGGGAAUGGCGGCGGGAACGCUCCGCCCCUCGCCGUGGUGGCGCCACCGGUCAACGUCAUCCGAGCGCCCGGACUGAAGCGCGGGAAAAUGGAAGAAGCUAUUUCAGAUAGGAUCAAAUUGGAAUCGGUCUUGGGACUAACGGUGAGCAGUAAUGCGGCUCUGGACUGCGAUCCGAACACGGAACUCGUGGCGUACCCGGCCGGAUGCACUGUCGUUCUGUACAACGUGAGAAAGAACCGACAGUCGCACGUUUUGAAUUCGUCCCGGAAGAGCGUCACCUGCGUCUCGUUCUCCCCGGACGGGCGGUACCUCGCCACCGGGGAAUGUGGACACGCGCCCGCCGUCCGGGUAUGGGACCUCCAGGAUCCUACAGCUUCCGGCGCUGUACAGAUCGCGGAGUUCCCAGGACACACGCACGGAGUCAGCUGCGUGGCAUUCUCCACGUCGUCGAAAUACCUAGUAUCCGUUGGCUCUCAACACGACAUGAUCGUGAACGUCUGGGACUGGAGAGCGAACCUCAAGCUGGCCAGCAAUAAGGUGUCGUCGCGCGUUAAGGCCGUCAGCUUCGCGGAGAACGGCAACUACUUCGUCACGGUCGGCUUCAGGCACGUCAAGUUCUGGUAUCUGGAAUAUUCGAGAAACGCUAAAUUCAAAGAGCCGGUUCCGUUGAUGGGCAGAUCAGCGAUACUCGGCGAGCAGAAGGACAAUGAGUUCUGCGACGUGGUCUGCGGCCGGGGCGAGUCCGCGGACAGCACCUACGCGAUCACGAGGGGCGGCCUGCUCUGCGAGUUCAACAGCAGACGGUUGCUGGACAAGUGGGUCGAGCUCAGGACGCAGUCUGCCAACUGUAUGGCGGUGGGCGCUAAUUUCAUAUUUGUGGGAUGCGCCGAGGGCAUAGUCCGGUGCUUCGCCCCCGACACGCUCCAGUACAUCACGACGCUGCCGAGGACGCACUACCUCGGCGUCGACGUGGCGCAGGGCACCAACAUCAGCCACAUGUUCUCGCAGCCGCCGCGCGCGCGAUACCCGGACGCGACGGCGCUGGCGUACGACGAGCGCGCCCACCGGCUCACGUGCGUCUACAACGACCAUAGUCUGUACGUGUGGGACGUGCGCGACAUCCGACGGGUGGGCAAGUCGCACUCGGCGCUGUACCACUCGGCGUGCAUCUGGGGCGUGGAGGUGUCCGGGGACGGCACGCUGUUGACCUGCUCCAGCGACGACACCGUGCGCAUGUGGGGCCUGGAGCCGCGCGCGAGGAACAUCUACAGCAACGAGCUUAAUAAAAUAGUGUACAUAGACCCGGAGCUGAAGUUCCUGAAGGACGUGGACCUGACUGCCUCCAGCGAGAAGGACAAGUCCAAGUCGUACGACGACAAGACCGGCGUCAGGUGCGUGGCGGCGUCCGGGGACGGCGCGCACGUGGCGUGCGGGGACCGCGCCGGCAACGUGUGGGUGGUGUCGGCGGGCGGCGCGCUGCUGCACACGCUGGAGGCGCACGACGCGGAGGUGCUGGCGCUGCAGUACGCCGCGCGCCCGCGCCUGCUCGCCUCCGCCUCGCGGGACCGACUCGUGCACGUCUUCGACGUCGACAAGGGCUACCAGAUCCUGCAGACGCUGGACGAGCACUCGUCCUCCAUCACGGCGGUGCGCUUCAUCGCGUCCGGCUCCGGCCUGCAGAUGGUCUCCUGCGGCGCCGACAAGACCAUCCUCUUCAGGCAAUUGAAAACCGACGGCAGCCGGCAGUUCGCGCGCGGACAGAACGUGUCCGGCCGCACCACGCUCUACGACAUGGAGGUGGACGCCGGCGGGCGACACGUGCUCACCGCAUGCCAGGACCGCAACGUGCGCGUGUACAGCACGGCCAACGGGCGUCACACCAAGACCUUCCGGGGGACCACGGCGGAGGACGGGACCCUCAUCAAGGUGGCUCUGGACAGCAGCGGGAUAUAUCUGGCGACGUCGAGUACGGACAAGAUCUUGAGCGUGUACGACUACUACUCCGGGGAGUGCAUGGCGACCAUGUACGGGCACUCCGAGAUAGUCACCGGCCUCAAGUUCACUCCGGACUGCCAGCACCUGGUGUCGGGGUCCGGGGACGGCUGCAUCUUCGUGUGGAGGGUCCCGCACGACAUGGUGGUGACGAUGCGGGCGCGACUGGCGCAGCAGGCCAUACGACAGGGGAAGAAAGUAGGUACGGUCAGCAACGGCACGUCGGGGCUGGAGAGCGAGGGGGAGUCGCAGUGGGGCUCGCCGCCGCGGGAACACUUCGCGCCGCCCCGCGUGCCCGACUACACUCUCCGCAUAGGGCGCCUCCCGUCGUGGGCCAAGAAGAGUUUAGGGGACGACUUGGCGGCCCCCGAGAGCCCGGCGCCGGAGCCCCCCGCGCGGGGCAAGUGGGCCACCAGGAUACACCCGGCAGAGAAACGUGUUGAUUCAGACGGGUCCAAGGACAGCUCCCUCGACAGUGGCACCGACACAAGGUUCAUUGAGAAGAGAAAAGAGAACCAGUCGAAACAGCGCCCGAAGUCGCUCAAUUUAUCGCAGCUGCCGCGCGUGGAGGCGCUCUUCCGCGAUUUCGAUGCAACAAUGAGAAAGACCCAUGAUAUUCUAUGUAUAUCGCCGAGAUUCGAAAAGGUUACGAUUAACAUUUCGAAGACCAGUGCACAGGAUGGUCGUGUGAGGCAUCACACGGACGACUCUUCCCUUGGCAGUUUUAAAUACGAGGAUCAAGAGUCGACGGAGCACGACGGUGACGUGGAGGACAUCUCGGACGGCGAGAGGACCUCGUCUUCGGAGAGGGCGUCCCGGCCUACUUACUACCCCGGCAAUAACGACGACGACACCCCGGGCGAGUUCAUGGUGAACGCCAUGAACGCUGAAGAGUUGAGGCAGUCGAUUCGUCGCUCGAAGCGCUGGAAGACCGACUCCCCCCGGCUGGAGAUACCACCCACCACCACCUCGCUCAGCGGCUCCGGCCACGACUCCGACGAUGACGAGGUGUCCACCCCGUCCGGCGACAACGCGGACCGGAACCCUCUGUCGGCGUCCUGCGAGUCGCUGCCCCGCGCCGCCCUGCGCGAGACCUACGUGCGCGCCGCCUUCGACAGCCUGGGGGGGACCGACGCCGCGCCCGGCGCAGGACACAACUCACUGUCGUCGCAGCACCGCGCGCCCGCGGUGUCCCGCAACAAGCUCCUGGACCCGGAGGCUGCGAGGAAACGAGAGGAACUCAACAGGAGGAUACUGGAGACCAGGAGGCAGCUGGAGAACGUCGCGUUCAGAUCGAACCUGAAAUCCAGCCAGUCCACGACGGACCUCUCCUACAUCCCCGAGAAGGACAACGCGCGCAGGUCACGACCCAUGUCCAUGGCCGUGCCGAGCAACACUCGACCUUACGGACUCGCCAAUGCAUUCCCGGAGGAAACUUUCGAUAGUUUAAACUCGAAUUACUUUGACAGCCUUAAUCCUUGUCAGAAUCCUAUUCAGGAUUACAGGAAUAAGAAUCCUUACGCCAUACCGGCGAAUCUGAACCACAGACUCCCGGAAUAUAACGAAACUCCCCCAUAUGUACCACCACAUUCGAACAUCCACCCGAUAUCGAGCGAUAAAAGACAUUUGAACUUCAUUCCCUAUUCGAAGCCGGUGUUCAAAGAGCAAACCCAACAGAAGCCUUCAGCGUUCACGGUGGACAUGAAACCGGUUCAAUCGAGGGUUUUCAACAGACUCUUUCCGGAUAAAGAACCGCCUAAGGUUCCGCCUAGGAAUUUCCACCUGAACCUAACGAAACCGGAGGAGAAACCUCCGCAGAAGUCACUAAAGCCAAACGCCAGGAGCAUCUUCAAGAACUAUAAGUCUUGUCCGGUCUCGCCAGUCUCCGAGGAGUGCAAAUGGGCUGAUAAAGUCGCCCAAAACGCCAAAUGCGAAGGAAAAAAUCACGAGACGAACUCUCUAGAUCCGAAAAAGAGGAAUUCUUUAAGCUUCUUCAUCGGCAUGGAAGUUAACAGCGGGAAGAGUGUCGUUGAUACAAUUAAAACCAACACAGAGAAAAUGAUAGCAGAAAUUACGGAAAAAUACGGAGAUUUAGAUGAGUUCACUCCUGGCGAUAGGAGUGAUCUGGAUUUGAAACCUACUAAAGGAGAAAGAGACGACGGAAACUUCUCCUCGGAUUCGUUGGAAGACUGCAGCUUGAGCCAAGACGCGAGCUGCAAGAACAAAUUGUUUUCGAAGAAAGUCUGUAAAAAGCACAAUAAGAAUCAACCCAGACGGGCCGUGUCCGAUUAUGAGAUAUACGGAGCUUACGAGAAACCAGCCGUGCCCGCGAAACCCGCGAAUAUCGGGCAAAAAAGCUCGACUUUGCCAAGAAAUAUGCCGUCAAACCUCGACGAAGCCGAGGAGAACAAUGCCGAAUACAUUUAUAGAUGCCAGAGCGUCUUAACGAAACGCUGCGUGACUAGAUCCAAUGAGUCGGUUUUGAGCGAUAACUCCAAUUGCUCGAGUGUCUCAAAUGAGGUCUUCCUCAAAUACGGAAACGAGGUUGCGUUCCAGCAAGCCAAAUAUGACAGCAGAUACAAUCUGGACGGCUCACAGAAUUGUUCCUACGAAAAUGUCAACGAUGAGUAUUUGGAUCGACACAGACACAGCAGCGCCAGUUUCUUCUUAAACCAGAAGAAGUACAUGAAAUCCAGCUGCAGUCAGGAGUCUAUAUUGUCGGACGAAAUGUAUUUGGACAAUGACAAUCAACUGUCAAGGACGAAUUGUAAUUCGCUUGAAAGUGUCCUGUCUGACGACUCUGAUUGUACCAAGAGCGCUCCACUGGAGAUGCUAUUCGAAGGUGCCAGACCUAAGAGGCCAAUGAAGGGCCAAGCCAUACCCCGCAACAGUAAAAGCUGUUACGAAUUCGACCACGCUUCGAAGAGCUACGGUUGCAGCCCGAAUAAUGCGCCCCAAUUCGGCAGCUACAUGAUCAAUAACUACAUGGAAGUCAGUCCCAAUUACCAAACCCCGAAGAGUCCAAUAGGAAACAUUAGCGUGCCGACCAAUAAAGUUUAUGGAUUCAGUGUGGACCCAGAUCUAUCAGGGCACAAGACGAUAACUAGGUCAAAGAGUCUGUACGAUUCGGGCAGUAAACAACCGCCGGUAGCUAAAAACAUCGCAUACUAUUUCGAUGGUAGUAAUGUCCAGCAGUACACGAAGGAAAAGAAGCCGCCCGAUGAGAUACCGAGGUUGAACAAGUCUGAAUAUAUGUCAAAUAAAACCAAGUCCCUGCAGCCGAAUUUCGCUGAAAAACAAAAAUACAAAAGCGAUUUAUCCGCUUGCGAACAGAAUACUAUGAUCAAAUCGAAGAGUUGUAGCUUCGAAGUGGUUUUAGAGCCGGCUUCCAAACCUAAUCCCCUGAAGAGCUUAAUGGAGAAACGCAAUUCGCACGUUCAGAAGAAUCUGGAGAAAUUCGAGGAGCAGAUUCGCAAAAAUACACAGAGCAAAACGACGAAGAACCAAAUGAACAAAGACAAAGCGAACGGCUCAAAAAAUAACAACGCCACCAAAAGCUUGGAGCGGGGCUCGGGACAGAAAAACAACAGUAAAAUCACCAUGGAAUUCGUGCCCCACAAGCCGCCGAAACCGAUCAAAAGAACCUCGUCAGUUAAAAUGAAUAACAGAUUGAAGGCAGGGCUGGAUAAACAGGGACUGAGCUCUUCCAUAUCGUCGCAGUACAAAGCAAAACUAGACGGCCUUCAUAACAAGAACUACAUGGCCCACAAAAGGCAGGAAGACAAGAACUCCAACAACAACAUAGACUCGAGCGAGAACCCGGAGAAAACCAUAGAGGUUUUCGUUAAGGAGAAAGACGUCAAUGAGAAUAAAUCAGAGAUUCAGAUGGACAGUCUAGAAGUUUACAGCCUGCAAAGAAUGAAAGAAGUUAGCAUGGAUUCGCUAGACGUUUUAGAAGAAUUCACAAAAGAUUCAUUAGACUAUUACGCGGAGCAAGACAGUAAACUUUCCUUCGGGAAGUCUAUAAAGGAUCAGAUAAAUUUGAAAAUAGCUAAGAGUGAUCGCGAAGCGCCAUGUCAUAGUCGACAGGCGGACACCAAAGAAAACAUAGCGCCGCCAGACGACGAAAUAAAAAAAUACAAGUACAUCGAAAGAAAACUCGAGAUAAUCAACAAACUAGUUGAAAUGGAAGAGCGGAAGAUACUACAGGAGAAAAUAUUGAAAGAAUGGCGCAUGAGGCCACUGAAAGCUAACAUAAACGACGGUACAGGUGUCGUUAAAGUGUUAUCCAGAAAAUUCGAGAAGUUAGCCACAAAACAAUCAGCUAAUUUCGCUUCGUUGACGCUAGAAGAAGCGGACACGGAUACAGAGAACAGCGAGAACAAGGAAAUUAAACGUAAUCUGAGCUUGCCCGAUAUUUUGGAUACGGACCACAUAAGCUUGGUUACCGCGGAAGACGUAGACCCCGGUAAAGACAACGAUUCGAUGAACUUCCCUUACGAACAACCGUUAAACAACACAGUACGAACAGAUGCUCCGAAAUCCUUGAAGCAACGGGUUUACAAUGAAACGAUAAUACCGAAAACUGACGUUCAUAUAGACAGCGAAAACUAUGAAUCAUCCACGACAAGCUCAAGCUGCACCAACUCCCCAAAAAGACUGUCUUUCUAUGGUUUCAAUAGACCUAAAAUACCGCUGCGGAGAAUCUUGCGAGCGCCCACUCCUCGACUCUGUCUAGAGACCAGGGCCUUACCAAUGAGGCCCUUUUUGAAUUCGGGGUGUGGCGUAAGGAAUUCGGUUCUCUUUAAAAAAGUUUCCACACCGGUUAUGCCUGCGAAAUUCACACCUAUGCCAGGUCAGACUAAGCCGGUUAUUCAGCAGCCUAGCAGUCAAAGCAAGUCCAGCUUCGUCCGCCCCCCACCGAGGUACAGCAACAAAUCGAACAUGACGAGGAGUUCCAGUGUCGGAGUACUGAACCAGAGUGACUCAGAAUCGGAUCCUCAGCCGUCCAGACCACAGUCGAGCCGUGCUCAAGGAUUGAUGCGACCAACGAUUAGUUCCAUGAAUAAGGCGGCAGCCAACACGGCCAGGAGACGUGGCCUGUCGAACGCCUACAGCGCCGUGAGUCUCGCAACGGGAGGGCAAGAGGAGUCCAGUUCUGAAGCGGAUGAGAGGAGGGGAGACGAGAAACCCUCGGCGCCGAGGCCCAGGUCCGGCUCCGUGGAUGCCCAGAGGAGGAUCGGGCGCAGUGGCAGCGAGCGCGACCUGUCGGCGAAGGCGCGCGAGGUGACGGCGCGGCUGGCCGCCGCCCCCCGCCCCCGCCACAAGCACGACCCCCCCGCCGACACCAGCCCGUCGUCGUCCCAGCUGUGCGCGGCGCUGACGGAGCAGCUGACCCGCACGGCCGGCAAGGUGGCGCAGCUGUACGCCAGCCUGCGCCGCGCGCCCGCCGCCGCCGCCGACCUCAGCGGUUUGGAAGCCGCGAUACUGGAGACGCAGAAGGUCCUGCGCAGCGCCGUGUCGGGGGGCGGGCCGGGGGACGCGGGGGGGCCGGGGGAUGCGGGACCCCACAGCCUGACCCCCGCCGAGGGAGACGCGGGAGUACUCGAUGUGGACUCCACAAGAGAGAAACUUGAAAAUUUAGUUGCUAAAGAGGUCAACGCAACGAAUCCAGCCAUGUCUCUGAUCGAGCAGUACUCCGACCUCCUCCUCAAUAUGAUGCAGAACAAAAUGGUGAACCAGUUCUCGUCCAGUCCGCAGAGUCUGCCGCCCAGCGCGUCCCGGGGGGCCGGCCGGGAGAGUUAGUACGGGGGGACGCUCCCACGGGUAGGGGGGGCCGCUCCUAUGGGUGGGGGCCGCUCCCACGGGUGGGGGGGCCGCUCCUAUGGGUGGGGGGCCGCACCCACGGACACCCUUGUAGAGAAAAUGACGGUCCCCCACGUCCCCUCGUCACUCCCGAACACAUCUGUACAUUAGCGUUACGUUUUUAGUAUUAGUAUUAAUUUGUGUAUAAUUUUGUAAUGUAAUUUUAACGAUGCAAGACAUUGAAAUUCGCGCUUGACCGAAGGAAGCCUUUAUUAACUGUAAAAAAAAAGAAAAACACGUUGUGUGAUGUUUUUACGUCAGAAAAUGCAAUUAAUAAUCCGAUAAUGACGUGUACCGCACAAAAUCGCGCAUUUUACUGCGUAUUGCGUCACUUGGGGCCAACGAACGCUGCCUAUAGACCGUGCGCUGAUAUAAGGUCGGACACACUUUUUUUAAUGCUUAGAUGGGUGGACGAGCUCACAGCCCAUCUGGUGUUAAGAGGUUACUUGAGCCCAUAGACAUCUACAACGUAAAUG